GUCGGCGGUGCCAUCGGUCGCACUAUUAUUGGGUUUGGCUGCUCAUCGUGCGCAGCAGGUGACGUAUCAUCAUCAUCCGGAAGCUCGGUCGGACCCUCACCCAGUCCCCUCCCUACCUGCGCCAGCCUGCGCCAGCCACUCUCCCUGACGUCGCAAUCUACCCCAAGCCUGCAUCCGCGUCGCGGCCAGCCACCAUACUUGUUGUCCGCUCCGUCUCUCUGCAGCCAAGUCGCCCAUCUUCCCUUCUCCCCUUGUAUGACUUGUCGGCCAUUGCGAGUCUUGGGCUUAGCCCCCGGCCGAGCCCUUACGCAGUAGUAGUGUGUGUGUGUAUGUGUGCAUGCCCCAUACACGGAACUUGAACUGUCCACCAUGUCUGGCCCAUUCCGCUUCCACGAGGAAGCCAGGUCGCCGCUCGACCGGAGCGCGUCGCCUUUCUCUGCCGGCCAGCCCGUGUCCUUCAAGACGAAUAUCAACCGCGCCAAGACGAAGAAAUGGGUGCAGGCCAAGAAGAAUGCUUACGACGGCGACGACUGGGGCGAUUACGACGAGUACGACGAGUACGGCGUGAACCAGGAACUGCAGGAGCCGCAGGAGCCGCAGCCAGAGAGGCCUGCGGCACAGCGAUACUAUGCCCAGCGUACAGAGCAGCCCUCGCGAAGCUUCACCGACCCCUCGCAGCAAGCACUCCAUCCGAGAGCCCGCAAAAACUCAUUCGACCAAGGAGAGGAGCAGCGCGCCUUUUCAUCCGCCAUGUCCCAUGGACAGCCCCAUGGCGAUUCCCGCGACCCGCCCUAUGGAUAUGACACUGGAGGUGCGGGCGACUUCAGCCCCUCUGCGGUGCCCCCACCAUUGCAGCCGCGCAUAUCGCAGGUCCCGGCCAACUUCACUCCGCCUACAAACACCCAGUUCCCUCCGCGCAAAAGCAGCAUAGGUCAGGGAGACUUGCCCAUAGUGAGUCCUCCAAGACCGCGCAAUGGAAGCGGUUCUGACAAGCCGCUGCCCAUCGUCCGACCAGCGGACAUAUACAAGCGUCACCAAGAAGAACAGGAACGUGCACCAGCCAACAUAGACUCUGUUCUAUCACCAGCCCAGGAAGGCAAGUCACCGUCACCAUCGGACGACCAGGACCUACGCUCCGUUGUAAAUCAGGCUUUUACUCGCGUUGACGACUCACGCUCAGUUCCGCCAACCCCAACAUCAAACGACACAAGCUCGGAUCUUCUAAGGAGCAAUACCGGCAGUACUUCCGGCAUCAGCCCCAUCAUGAGCCGCGUUCCCAGCUCUGCAGCUUCCGCGUUGAAAACUCGUAAUCAAGCAGAAGGAAGCACGCCCGUGAUUACAGAAGAACCCGCCGAAGCUACGACGCCCGUCGCCCAGCCAACGUCCGAGAACGGUGAGCCGUUGCAUCACGUUCCACGAAAGCCCUCACCGGCUCAUUCUCGCAACAUUUCAGGCUCCUCAAUCCCGCGCAGCGGCCUUGCUACGCCCACACGCGGUGACAGCCCAGCUCGUUCUCCUGUUCUUGCACCCAGCAGAGAUAUUCCAGAGCCUAAAUCCGCCCUGUUCUCUACUGACGACGACAUUAGUCCUGAAGCCAUGAAAGGCGGGCUUCAAGGGCCGUCUCUGGAGUACGCUGCCCGUGAAGCCGACCUCGCCGCUUCUGCCAGUAGCCGCCCAAACAGCGGGGUUCUCGACCUAGGAGCGGCGCAGCGCCAGUCACAGAAUAUGUUCCUCGAGUCUCACAACACGCAAUCCCCCAUUGAAGAGGUGGUUGCACACGAUCGCUCCGAGUCGCCCAGCAAAGGUCGUGUGCAGGCACUGGCUGGCAAGUUUGGCGAAGUGUCUUCGAGACGUGGCUCAACACAAUCGAAUCGUUCCAGAAACAGCCUUCAGUCAUGGGAGCAAAGCCAAAAUAACUCACGUGCCGCGUCUCCGACCAAAGGAAGCCCGCCAAAGCCCAGCAGCCCGGUGAAGGAAUUCCGCCCUCAUCUUCCUGGCCAGUGGGAGUCAUAUACCACCACGGCAAUGACGCCUUCAGAACAGGGUGAGCAGGAUCGAGGACUAGACCCUGUCGAUGACAAAAAGACUUUACUUGAAAAGUCAGACUUGACACCUACAACCGCCAAACAACCAGUUGCUGAAGUUUCCCCUACGGAGGCGGACAACUCUGACCCCAUGGUUGCUCUGAAGAAUGCUGGAGCUGCCAUGGUGGAUUCAAUUCGUACCACUAUUGGCAUCAAUGAACAAUCAUCUGAAGACCAGCAGGAUCAAAAACAAUCGGCCGAGCGUGGCAACGUCUAUCUACCUAGACCGCUGCAACUUGAUCGCACAAUAACGUCUGAUUCAAGUGCACCACCGACACCUCCCGCAAAGGAUACUCCAGAGCCACAGGUUUUACCAUCGCCAUUGGAAGAACCAUCCCCCGCGUCCCUGGAGGAGGAUGAGGAGAGUGAUCGUUUGCGCAAAGAAAUCGUUGCUAGUCUUACCCCGUCCAAAGCUCCAGAGUCACCGACUGGUGAAUCAAGCUUGACCCCACUCCAACCGGGUAGCCCAGGUACAAACCGUGCUAGCUCCAUCUUCCCCAGCGAGUACAAGAGCUAUUGGGCAGAAGAAGAUGGUACUUCUCGUCGUUCUUCUCGGGACGCUGAGCCUGGCAAACAAGAGCAGGCGCCAACAAAAACGGUUGCUUUUCUCCCACAAUCCGAAGAUGCAAGCAAGCCUAUCAUUAAGCGGUUUAGCUGGGAAGCAAGUAGUUCCCAGCUGCAAACACCAGAUGGACAAGCAUCAGAAGUCUCCACGCCUGGAUCUCUGAAAGCGGGAGAAGAACCCAAAGAAUCUUCUCUUACUGCUGAGCGAACCGUGGAACAGGAACACCAGCCGCAGCCCAAGGGUCUUUCUGAAUCUCCUUCUGGUCCUGUUCAUACCAUCAUGGUUACAAAGCCUGAUUCUAUCAGUGACCAUGAGAAGCCGGCCUUGCCAUCCCCUCCUUUGGACCUUACACGCCCUCUGAGCAGCCCCAGUCUGGAGCGUGCCUAUUCGCCAGGUCUUCAUGUUGUCAACACCGAGAUAGACCCUGAAGCUGUAGAUCUUCCUCCACGCCUCAGCGCCGAUCACGAACCGCCAGCACCAGCACCUGAAGAACCCAAGUUGAUUGAAAAAGCAGCAACGCCGGAACCAACCGAACACCAACCUGCACUAGAAGCACGUCGGGAGGAACCUAGCAUUCCUGCAGCGGCACAGGAGCCCUCUGCUAAGUCCCCGGCGACAGACAAGCCUUUGGGUGCUCGAGAGAUUGCGACACUCAACUCAACCGUGGAACGAAUCAAUACAUACAACAAGACUCGUGACUACUGGGCCACGGUAGACCACGGGCUAAGUGAUUGGCUGACUGCCGCCUUGGAGGCCAACCCUGAUGUGGCAACGCAGACAUAUCCUGUACAACGCGUGCCCACACAAUCCAUUCGCCAUCGGCACACUGGCUCUCUUUUGUUCGGCAAGCUCGGUGGAUCAAGCAGUCACGAUGUCCCUGCCGAAGCGCAUAAUGACGCUGCCGUGCCGGUGCCUGCCAAUAUAGGCUCACCGACUGGGGGUACAUCUUCUGGAUCCGGGUUUGGUGGUCGGCUUGCGAAUCAGCACAUGCAACUCAAGGGCAAGGACUUGUUGCAUACUGCCAAUGUGCUGGGCGGGAAAGGCAUGACGAGUGCCAAAGGGCUUUUCGCCAAAGGCAAGAGCCGUUUUGGCCGCGAAAAGGUAGACAAGUAAUCCCUUCUCUCCUAUCCCUGUAUAUCAUAUCACGAGAAUGCUACGAGGGGUCGUUUCUUUGGCCGCGAGGCUGCGAGAGGUGACUGUAUCGGAUUGUAAAGGACUCUAACGUUGCGUUUUGACCUUGUUUGGGAGUUUUCAUUCUUUUCCAUUGUACGACCUUGUCCUCGCCUAUAGCUCUGUAUCCAUUUAGAUGUAAUUUCAAGCCCGACCCUCAGGUCGCCC